GGGAGGGGGGUGUGAGAUAAACGUGGUGAAGAUGACAGCCCCUUCCCACCGCCCCUGGAGGAGCCCGCACGCCCAGGAGCUGCGCUCGGGGAGGGGAGGGAGCUCCAAACGAGCCUGUCGGAGUCUUUAAAAGGACUUGUCAAGCUGGAAAGGAGCUAGAUCGGGAGAGGAAAUGCAGGUCUCCAGUGAUGCCCCUGUAUCCUCUCCGCGGAUGGUCCCAACCCCUCCCCGGAGCCGGGGGUCGCCUCCCCCUCGGGGUGUGGGGGGCACACGAGGGGCUCCGGCAGCGCAUUGGGGCGGCAGAGCCAGGAACAAGAUGCCCAUGAAGUUUAACCUCUCUUAGCCUUAAGAGAAAAACUGAGGAGUAAAAGUCAUGGAUCCUUUAUACUUUUCCAACACAUUAAGCACAGAAGCCAGUUCCAGCGAUGUGAAUUCCUCACUGCUGACCAAUGUGACAGAGAAUGGGAUGCUCUCAGAGCAGCCCUCAUUCAAAUACAUCCACAAAGUCCUGAUUCCCAUCUGUUACCUCCUUGUAUGCGCAGUCGGACUCAGUGGAAACACGCUGGUCAUUUAUGUGGUUUUGCGGUAUGCCAAGAUGAAAACCGUCACCAACAUAUACAUCUUGAAUUUAGCUGUGGCUGAUGUACUCUUCAUGCUGGGCCUGCCCUUCUUAGCCACCCAAAACGCCAUCUCCUAUUGGCCUUUUGGCUCCUUUUUGUGCAGGCUGGUUAUGACUGUAGAUGGUAUUAACCAAUUCACUAGUAUUUUUUGUUUGACUGUGAUGAGCAUGGACCGCUACCUGGCAGUAGUUCAUCCCAUUAAAUCAACCAAGUGGAGACGUCCCAGGGUGGCCAAGCUCAUCAGUGUGACUGUCUGGACAUUCUCAUUCUUGGUGGUGCUUCCAGUUAUCAUCUUUUCAGAUGUGCAGGAAGACUUUCAGACCUGCAACAUGAACUGGCCAGAGCCCGUCAACAUCUGGUCAGCAGCAUUCAUCAUUUACACAUCAGUCCUUGGGUUUUUUGGUCCUUUGUUGGUGAUCUGUCUCUGCUACUUGCUGAUAGUGAUUAAAGUCAAAUCUUCGGGGAUCCGAGUUGGCUCUACGAGGCGCAGGAGAUCGGAAAGGAAGGUGACAAGGAUGGUGGUGAUCAUUGUGGUGGUCUUUGUGUUUUGCUGGCUCCCGUUUUACACAAUGAACAUUGUCAAUUUGAUAUUUAUACUACCAGAAGACCCUGUAUUGGUAGGGGUGUACUUCUUUGUGGUGGUCCUGUCCUAUGCAAACAGCUGUGCCAACCCCAUUCUUUAUGGAUUUCUUUCUGACAACUUCAAGCAGAGUUUUCAGAAAGUCCUUUGCCUCCAAAAGGGCAAUGGUGUGGAGGAUGGUGAUCCCAUUGAACACAGGCAAGAGAACAGCAGCCGCUUGCAGGAGUCAAUGUUAACCCAGAGAAAUAUUGAAUUCAAUGGACAUAUGCAGACUAGCAAGGUCUAAGGGCAUGGUUUGGUACUGCAAAGCACUUGUAGACCUGAAGAACUUUGGGACUUAAAGGAGAGAUGAAUUCACGGCAUAGCUAAAAUCUGGAGGCCCACAAGCCCAAAUAGAUGUACAUAGACUUCUUCUCACUCCCCUCCCUUUCCCAGCUAAAAGUGUUAUGGGCUCUACUGGGCAGUGUGAAGCUCUUACAGUGUUUUAGCUAAGUCAGAUGUGUGGUACUACUUUCUGUACUCUAGAGAACUGAUUUACUUGUACACACUGCCAGCUUUAGACUGCUCUAGAGAUGCAAAACAACACUAAACUUGUUUUAACUGCCUUAUUGAGCUGAGUUUAUGGCUGCUUUGCACUGUUGAGAUCAGAUCAAGGCAGAAAACAGCUCAGAUAAUACCUUCGGAAGUUUUAACGGAUCUCAAAACAACCUCCCCCACUAUUUCUUAAGAGGAAAUUUCAUAUUAAAAGGCCGCAGCACUGAUCUUGAAAUUGUGUAUAAGCCAUGGUUAUAAAGUGCUACACAGUCCCUUCACAUUGUUUUACUCUCAUUAACCCACAGAAGAGAUUCAUAGCAUUCAGGAACCUUUCAAACACAAUAAGAAAGACUAAAAACAAGGCUACGAAAAGAUUAUUGAAAGGAUUCAGUGUAUUCAUAAUACCUUCACAUUCUAAACCAAACUCUAUAUAGAAUGUAAUGUAACCACUAUUAUUAUGUAAGUAAUGAUGAUCGUGAAGUCCUGGAAAGCUGUUGUGUAUAUUUAUUGGUUUUGAAUGUAAGUAUGGACAUGACUAUGAACUGUAUUUUCAGAAAUUAAAACAAGUUCA